AUUUUCCACCAUUAAAAUGUUGGUCUGAAACUUUGAUGCAGUCAUAUGUAGUGUAUUUGGGAGCUCAUUCACAUGGCACAGAAGUUUCAUCUAUUGUUUUGGAUCGAGUUACUGAGUCUCAUUACGAUUUUUUAGCUUCAUUCUUGGGAAGGGAUAAUGCAAAAGAUGCAAUCUUUUACUCAUACACACGACAUAUCAAUGGUUUCGCAGCCACAAUGGAAGAAGAAGAUGCAGUCCAGAUUGCUAAACAUUCCGACGUGGUCUCGGUUUUUGAGAACCGUGGAAAGAAAUUACACACAACCCGAUCCUGGGAUUUCCUAGGGCUCGAGGAAAAUGGCAUUGUUCGAUCCAGCUCUAUCUGGAAGAAGGCGAAAUUUGGUGAAGAUACAAUCAUAGGCAACCUUGACACAGGUGUGUGGCCUGAAUCAAAGAGUUUCACUGACGAAGGAUUUGGACCAGUUCCAUCAAAGUGGAAAGGAAUCUGCCAAAAUGGUGCAGACGCCAGCUUUCAUUGCAAUAAGAAGCUUAUUGGAGCAAGAUACUUCAAUAAAGGGUAUAGUGAAGCUGCAGGGCCUCUAAACUCGUCCUCAAACUCCCCUCGAGAUUCCGAGGGCCACGGUUCACACACCUUAUCAACCGCAGGUGGAAACUUUGUUCCCGGAGCAAAUGUUUUUGGUUAUGGAAAUGGAACUGCAAAGGGAGGAUCACCAAGAGCAAGAGUAGCUGCUUAUAAGGUCUGCUGGACCCCUAUUGCUGGAAACGAAUGUUUCGAUGCUGACAUACUUGCAGCUUUUGAUGUGGCAAUCCAUGAUGGUGUUGAUGUCUUGUCGGUUUCUCUUGGAGGAGAAUCUGCCCCGUUUUUCAACGAUAGCGUUGCCAUUGGUUCCUUUCACGCGGUUAAACAUGGUAUUGUUGUUGUUUGCUCGGCUGGGAAUUCUGGACCGAAACCUGCUACUGUUUCAAAUAUUGCCCCUUGGGAGUUUACUGUUGCGGCCAGCACUAUGGAUCGACAGUUCCCUAGUUACGUUAUUCUCGGUGAUAAAACACGUUUGCAAGGGGAAAGUCUUUCACCGAAAGUGCUGCCGCACAACGUGUUCUUCCCAAUUCUAAGCGCUGCAGACGCGAAAGCUGCAAAUGCAUCGGUGGAUGAAGCACGCCUAUGUAAGGCUGGAACGCUUGAUCCGAAAAAAGUGAAGGGAAAAAUCUUGGUUUGUCUUCGGGGAAUUAAUGCAAGAGUUGACAAGGGACAGCAAGCAGCUUUGGCUGGUGCGGUUGGGAUGGUUCUUGCCAAUGAUCAGUCUUCUGCAAACGAGAUUCUCGCCGAUCCUCAUGUUCUUCCAGCUUCACAGAUAAACUACACAAAUGGUGUUGCCAUCUUCAGUUACAUCAAUUCCACAAGGUCUCCGGUUGCAUACAUAACGUCCCCAACUACUCAAGUAGACACGAAACCUUCUCCAUUCAUGGCCGCGUUCUCAUCUAAGGGUCCUAACACCAUCAACCCGGAAAUCCUAAAGCCUGAUAUCACUGCACCAGGAGUAAGCGUCAUAGCAGCCUAUACAGAAGCACAAGGACCGACGAACCAACUAUUUGACAAGCGUCGAGUUCUAUUCAAUUCAGUGUCGGGCACUUCAAUGUCCUGCCCCCACAUUUCUGGUGUAGUCGGCCUUCUAAAGACCCUUCAUCCUACAUGGAGCCCGGCUGCUAUUCGGUCAGCCAUAAUGACAACAGCAAGAGUGCAGGACAAUGUGAAUGAGGAAAUUACAAACGCUUCUUACUUUAAGGCGACACCUUUCAGUUAUGGAGCAGGACAUGUGCAGCCAAACCGAGCCAUGGAUCCAGGCUUGGUUUACGAUUUGUCUCUCAAUGAUUACCUGAACUUCCUUUGUGCACUUGGUUACAAUCAAACACAAAUCCAGAAAUUUUCCGAGAGCCCAUAUGUUUGCUCUAAGUCCAUUAACUUGGUGAACUUCAAUUAUCCAUCAAUUACCGUGCCAAGUCUCCAUGGUUCCGUCACACUGACUCGAACCUUGAAAAAUGUUGGCUCUACCGGAACUUACGUUGCUCGGGUAAGAAGUCCGGUUGGUGUUUCUGUAUCGGUCAAGCCAAAAAAAUUGAAAUUUUCAAAGAUUGGAGAAAUGAGAAGCUUUAAAGUUACAUUGAAGGCUGAAGUGGUUAGUGGAAGCAAAGAUUAUGUGUUUGGGCAGUUGACAUGGUCAGAUGGAAAACACAAUGUAAGGAGUCCUAUUGUGGUGAAACAAGUCUAAGGUCAUGUUUAAUUGCAUUAUUAUUACUUAAACUGAUUUUUCAGCCUCUUGCAAUAUAUGUUUAAUUGAGUUA